AUGGCAUUGAAGAUGCGUCGCCCUUCUUCAACAAGCCCCUGGUGGCUGCACGCCAGCAGCGCGCCGAGGAAGGUGACCCGGUUGGGCUUGGCCGUCUCUGACGAUGCCUCCUCCAUGGAGGAGAAGAGCCUUAGAGCCUCCUCAGAGCAGCCGUGCACAGCCAACGCCAUAAUCAUCGAGUUCCAGUGGGUCACAUGCUUCAUCAGCAUUUCGUCGAACACUUUCCUAGCGAGCCACAGGUUCCCACACUUGGCAUACAUGUCGAGAAGAGCGUUGCCGAUGACGCCCUCCGCCUUGAACCCCUCGUGUAGAAGGAGUCUGUGA